UUCCGGGCAGCUCCAGAAGGGCCAGAAAUUUCCAGAAACAGAGAGAAUAGAAGACAAAGUGAGAUGUUGCUUUUCAAGACCUGAAAAGAACACGAGUAACAACUGUUUGGGUAUUGAAUCGUCGAUAAUUCUGUAAGAAAAGUCUUCUAAUUCUCGUCGAAACCAAAGAGAAGAAAGAAAUGAAGCGCAAAGACUACGAAGACAAAUACGACAAUUUCUCUUCAAUUUAUCUCUCUUCUCCUUCUGCUAAGUCCAGGAGACUGGAUCCGGACUUACUUCCGUUAACAAAUGAAGACCCAAUUAGCAGUGGAAUCUCUGAUUCUGAGGUUGUUGAACCUUUAACAAGCUCACCAACAACUGAUGAUUUGGGUUUGGCUAGUAGGCCGCCUUCUGGUGGUGGUGGUGAUUGUUGCAAUGAGAAAGCUCUUGUGCUUUACAGUUCAACAAACACUCUUUUUUUCAAGCCCCCAACUUCACCUGAUUUCUCUGUCGUUGUUAACUCCGAUUUGAUCCCUGGUUUAAGGGAUCAAUUCAUUCUGCUGGGGAAUUCAAAUAUGGUCAGACCAAUGAAGGAUGCAUUAAUAGCCAAAGACAAGAUCACAGAUAUUUCGGAUGAUCGUUUGGCAGUUGUUCCUUGGGUUGGAACACGAGCAGGGCCUCAAGUGGCGGGUAUGUCAGCGACCAUGGAAGCUGAGGAGGUUGAAAUGAUGGACACCGAUGACGAUUCUGAUGGCAGAGGGACAGCGGCUAUUCCAGCAGGAGGAGCGGCAGGUGGAGCUGGAGGAUUACAACAAUGGCAGCGGGAACAUUGUUUGAGACCUGAGCUUGUCCAAAACACUUGCACUCCUGUUACUUGGUAACAAAUUGGUUGGUGGUUCUUAGUCUAGUGGUAAACCUGAAAUGUUGUGCCUUUUUGAUUAAAAUGUACAUAUUGAAUUGAAUCAUGGGUCAUGACAACCUCGGUUUGUAUGGAACUAAAUUGCCCUUCAUAUUGUAUUGAAUUAUGAAAUUUUGGCUUAUCCUUUUGGUUUUUUAAAUCACGCUACACUCUACAGUUUCAAACGAUACUCCUUAUUAAUCUUCUGCCAAGAGGGUACCUUGAGUCCUGAAGUACCAAAUUUACCACGUGGUUGUUACUUUGAACAAACAGUUAAAAAGAAACA